AUGGUCCGCCUCAUCACCCACAACCUCCUCGCAUGCCACGUCAAGGGCUGCACGACGAACAAUUUCCCCCUCGUCUUCCAGGAUGUGUCCGAUGUCGUCGUGCGCGAAGCAGACUACAAUCCCGACUUUCUGCGUGGAUUCUUGCCCAGGGUCGAAUGGCAGGCGCUUGUCGGCGCAGCGCGACAGUUGAACGAUGCUUCGCUUCCGGAGGCACCACCGGACCAACUUGAUGACGACUUUCUCAAGAAGGUUCAUCACGUCCUGCUGGAGAUCCACGUAGAAGAAGGCGCGAUGGUAUGCCCAAACUGCAAGCACGUCUACCCCAUAUCGAACGGCAUCCCGAACAUGCUCCUGGCGGAACACGAGAUCGGGUGAUUGAACUCUGAUGGCCUCCGCCGAAUCUCGGGCAUAUCACCAGCAGAGAUUCUUUGCACGCGAUAAUCGCUUCGCGCCCCCCAGACAUCUCUUGCCAUCUCCGAAAAUAUCGGUCUCACGCGACCGCGACCCUUAACAGCACAAAAGGUAUACUACUAGGUAAAAAAAGAGAAAGCGCAUCUUGUACUUUUUUUUCCUGGGCGCGGCCCACACCAGUGAAACAGGAAUGGAAUCUACUUCGAU